CGAAGCAGAAGAGCGGGAAAGGGAACCAACUGCCGCGGCGGAGCGGAAAACACCCAAAACGCCCCCGAAAUGGCGGAGCAGCCUCGCGCCGCCGACGCUGCCGCCGCCGGUGGCUGCAGCGGCUGCCCGACGAACUGGAGGAAGGAGGCAGACGAGCGGCUGCGGCGCCUUCACUCGCUCCUUUUCGGCGCCGACGCCGCGCUCGAGCGCGGGGACGCCGCGGCGGCGCAGGCGCUCGCGCUCCGCCUCCUCGGCUUCCUCGACUCCCAGACGCUUGCCGCCGACGCGGGCCCCGACGCCGCCUUCGUCGCACCCAUCCGCGCAGCCGCAUCCACCCGCCUCGCCGCCGCCUCCCGCGCCCGCGCUCCUGACUCCGACCGUGCAGCUUUUGAGCUUGCAAAAAAGGAUGUUGGUUGUGUUUUUGCGAAGCAGGGGGACAUUAGUGUUGAAAAGAUCAAGUGUUCGAAGUAUUUCCAAGCUCUUCGGAACUCCAAAGAAAAUGCUGCUGAUCAGCUGAGUGCAACAUGCCAAGAGUUUGCCGGUCAAGGGGGUCCACACAUUGAUGAAAGCCCAGCUAACAUAGAAAAUGAGAAGCUAAGCAUCAGGGCUUCAAAAUUAAUGAUGCAAACAAAAUUGACAUCAUUAUAUAGCAGUAAGUCCUUCAAGGCAAAUGGUGUGCCAGACAGGAAUAUGUUCAAAUCAGAAGGGGGCAUAUCUGAUAUUGAAACUAGAACAAGUCAAAAUGAUGGCAAGCAUUCUGCUUACCUGGCGGUUGAAGAGGAUGAGAAACCUCGUGGGCAAUUCCAGAAUGCAAAGCGAAAGCAUACAGGGUUCAGAAGUCCAAUCUGUGAAGUUACAAAUUCUCCAUUAAGUAAUGAUGAAGCUGAUGCUGCUGCCAAUGAGUUUAUGACUGCCAGGACAAUGAUGGGGAAGUUUGUUAUGCAAAAGCAUGGGCAUAAUGGUCCACAAGGUGCUUCUGUAUCACCACAAUGUGAUAACAACCAUAGUACACGGAACUAUAGCGUGAGGCCAAGCUGGAAUUCUCGUCGCGGGCCACGCGGUAGUUUUGUACCCCCUAUCAGAAAUAAUGGAGGAUCAGGUACCACCACCUCACGGGUUACUGGAAAAAGUGAUGAUUCCAUGGAAGAUUCAACAAGGAAAUGUAUAGAAAUGCUUUGUGGCCCUGAUGGUGAGCUUCCUGAGAAGCUGAGGAAUCUGGAACCUCGCCUUAUUGAACAUGUCAGUAACGAAAUAAUGGAUAGGGAUCCUAAUGUUCGCUGGGAUGACAUAGCUGGUUUGGAACAUGCAAAGAAGUGCGUGACAGAGAUGGUGAUAUGGCCGCUACUACGUCCUGACAUAUUUCGUGGUUGUCGGUCUCCUGGAAGGGGUCUACUAUUGUUUGGACCUCCUGGGACAGGCAAAACCAUGAUUGGAAAAGCAAUAGCCGGUGAGGCCAAGGCAACAUUUUUCUACAUAUCUGCUAGUUCACUGACAAGCAAAUGGAUUGGUGAGGGUGAAAAGCUAGUUCGGGCACUUUUUGGUGUGGCCAGUUGUCGUCAACCUGCUGUCAUAUUCGUGGACGAGAUAGACUCACUACUAUCUCAGCGCAAAUCAGAUGGUGAACAUGAAUCAAGCAGGAGGUUGAAAACACAGUUUCUAAUUGAGAUGGAAGGUUUCGACAGUGGAAAUGAGCAAAUCUUACUUAUAGGAGCAACAAACAGGCCUCAAGAACUAGAUGAAGCAGCGCGUAGGCGACUCACAAAACGUCUAUACAUCCCCCUUCCUUCAUCAGAAGCACGGGCUUGGAUAAUUCGCAAUCUAUUGGAGAAGGAUGGACUUUUCAUGCUCUCGGAAGAAGAAACAAGUGCCAUCUGCAAAUUAACAGAAGGUUACUCAGGAUCUGACAUGAAAAAUCUAGUGAAAGAUGCCUCAAUGGGACCACUAAGAGAGGCUCUUCAAAGGGGUGUUGAAAUCACAAAGCUUGACAAGGAGGAUAUGCGACCGGUGAUGCUGAAGGAUUUUGAGAAUGCACUGCAGGAGGUCAGACCUUCUGUUUCCUCUAGUGAGCUGGGGACUUAUGAAGAAUGGAACAGACAAUUCGGCAGCCUAUCAAUCUAGUUGGUAGGGAGACAUCGACAAGUAAAAUUAAGUCAUCACGACAGAGAGUUAGUGUUUUUUGCUCAGAAUAUGACGUCCACAGUACUCCUCUCCUCAAAACGAAGAACUGAGAUGGGAAAACUUAGUGGUAGGUGCUCUGCAACUAGUUAUCAGAUCGAAAUAAUAUAUAUAUGAGAGCUUACGCCUAUCCUAAAGCACAUGUGGUUUGCUAGCGGGUUGGUAAGAGCAAGCUCAACUUAGAAUAUCUGCAGUUUUAUUUCUAGAAGAAUAGUAGUGGUAUCGUAUUAUUCGUGGAAAAGAAAAUUAUUUGUUGUUCAAUCACUCUUUUCUUUUCUUUUUAUGUAACUUUUAGCUGGAAGCCUAGUAGACUCGAUCUGUAGAAUACCAAAUCUUAUCGCAACCCCUUUGUGGGGUUCAGGGAGCCUCACUUACCUUUCGGAGUAACGAGAUGGUCUCCUGGAUUCCUACCAUAGCUAAUUGACAUCCAAAUAUGUCGCCGAUCGUAGAUUUUCUUUUUGUCAAUUUGCUAACUUUGGUUGGAUCUGACGGAUGACUUGGGAGCGUGGAAGUGCGACUGGUUGUAAUACUAAAAGAGGCAGCAUGAUGCUCUCCUGUACAAUAAAGACCAUGUCAGUCACAUUUUC